AUGCCGCUCAAGGCCAUGGAGAUAUCGACAGCAGACUCCAUGGACCCUCGACGGAAGGCGAUUGACCGACGAGAUUUGUCUAAGGACAAGUUGUUGCGGAUUAGAGAAGGCAUAAAGGAAUCAGGAAAGAGUAUACACUGGCUUAACCUGCAGCUUGAAAAUCUUCGACGCUGCUACGAGGAACUGGAAAAGUCAUUCUUGGAGAUUUGUGAUGUUGUACCUCGAGACCAGCGAGAAGAAUUCAAGGUUGACAAUAUCCAAUCAGAAGAAAUAUACGACCAGUUGUAUGUGAGCAUCCAGUCGCAGAUAGCAGAAUGGAAAGCGAAAGAGGAAAGCAGCAAAUUGAAUGCAAUGGCACCCGCGUUCAAUCCGCCCCACCAACCGGUGGUAGAUAACUCGAUACCCCACCUCCAUGACCCAUUACCAACGUUCGAUGGCAAUCUGGAAAAUUGGUACUCCUUUAAGUGCAUGUUCCAGACCAUCAUGAGCAGGUAUCCGAACGAGUCUCCGGCUACCAAGCUGUAUCAUCUGAAGAACGCUUUAGUCGGCAAUGCUGCUGGUAAGGUUGAUCAAGACAUCAUCAAUAAUAACGACUAUUCGGCUGCUUGGAAAAUGCUUCAGGAUGAGUACGAGGACGAACAGUUCAUAAUCGAUACGCACAUCGACGCCUUGUUGAGCCUACCUAAAAUGACGACAGAAAGUGGUGAAGAAUUGCGAAAGCUUAUUGACACCUGUACCAAACAUGUCGAUGCGCUCAAGAAUCGCGAGUUACCCGUGGACGGAUUAGCUGAAAUGAUCCUAGUUAAUGUGAUCGCAAAACGGUUGGACAAGGAUACGCGGAAGCUGUGGGAGUCCCAGCUGUCCCAAGAAGAACUGCCGACGUACACCGAGAUGAUCGACUACCUACGAGAACGUGUCCGUAUUUUGCAGAAGAUGACCGGGUAUGCUGAACGACGAGGAGUGAGUACCACGAAGCAAAGAAGCAAACUUGGACAGAAGACAAUGCAAGCGAGAAAUUUUGUGCAGACAAAGGAACUGUGCCACUGUUGUAAUGGUGACCAUCUCAUCUACAAGUGCAGUCAAUUCAAGGAGCUGAGUGCCGGUAAUCGAUACGCCAAGGUGAAGCAAGCCGAUCUAUGCUUCAAUUGCUUGCGUCGUGGCCAUCGUACCGUUGACUGCAAUUCGGAUAAGUCGUGUAAGAGCUGCAAGCGUAAGCAUCAUAGUCUUCUCCAUGAAGAAAAGCCAAGCACGAGUAAGAAGUCAGAUAGUCAACAAGUAGCGGCACAUGAAGAACACCAAGAAGUCGCUGUGCAUGCUGGAUUUGUGAAUUAUGCAACGUCGCUGAUGGUAAGGCAACAGGUUCUCCUCUCCACUGCAGAAGUGAUUGUAUCUGGAUCUGGAAACAUGACGGUCCCGUGCCGUGCGCUUUUGGACUCGGGGUCAGAUUCGAAUUUGAUCUCUGAAACGCUAGCCAGACAAUUGAACCUGGUAAUGGACAACAUCAACCUACCGAUCAGCGGACUCAAUAACGCUGAAACCCGAGUUAAGUAUAAACUACGCACAAAGAUCAGUUCUCGCGUUAAUUCGUUUAACGCCAUUCUAGACUUCCUGGUGGUUCCCAAAAUAACUACCAAUCUUCCUAUGAUGAAAGUGGACAUCCGUUCAUGGUGCAUUCCUCCUAACGCACCACUUGCGGAUCCGUCGUUCCACGAACCUCAAGAGAUCCAGAUGAUCAUCGGUGCAUAA